UCGUUAUUGAACAUGUUUAUUCAUAUGCCCUCACCAAAAAGAUUCGAAUUACCUGAUGAUGUGGAGCCAGCAAUACAACAAUUUUUGAAUAAGAUCGAUGAUAUGGCAUGUCCAUCUGGUAUGAAGACAAACUUAUAUCAUUAUCAGAAGGCAUCAUUAUGGAAAAUAUUACAACGGGAAUUAGCUCCAUUACAAGUACCUCGUCCAGAUGUAGUGGAACUUAUAUCAGUAGAUGGAAUCAAAUAUUACUAUCAUCAAUUGGGUGGCGUAGCAACUUUGACUCAAGGAUUACAAAAGGAUGUACCAGGGGGGAUUAUAUGCGAAGAUAUGGGAACUGGAAAAACAUGUAUAUGUUUAGCAGCUAUUAUGGCUACUAAACAAGUAUUACCAUCACUUCAAGAUGUUAUCAUUAAAACCGAUUUUUUGGAAUUUUACAACAAUCCACAAGACAAUUAUGGAUUCAAGUCCUUGCGAACUCUAGCUGGCAUACAAACAAUGUUACACAGUGCUGAUUGGAGAUCGUACCGUUCACAAUUACCCUUUGAAAUCGCUUCCGCAUUUGAAAACAGCGCACCUUACUAUGAAUGGACACCAAUACAACAUCAUGCAUUGAUUGAUCGCCCUCAUCGUCAAUAUUUAUAUAAUACUGUAUUUUAUCACAUUCAUUCAUUCAAUCAUUUUUCAAUUUUAGUUCCUGACAAUUUGGUGGCUCAGUGGACUGGCGAAAUUUACAAACAUAUUCAUGAUGGUCAAUUGGACUUUCUUGUGUUGGACAACAAAAAACAUCCUAUACCUGAACCUCUCCGACUUGUGCAAUUAGAUAUGGUAUUGAUCAGUCAAAGCAGAUUCUCUCAUGAAAACUCAACAGGAGGUUUUGAUUUCCAAGGGAUACCUAGGGAAUGUAACUGUCCCUACAUUGGGUCAACGCGUACUAGAAAUUGCACCUGUCCUGUUAUCAUAGACAAACCAACAUACACAUCGCCUUUACUUCAAAUACACUGGAAAAGAGUCAUUGUAGACGAAGGACAUAGUCUCUCAGCUAGAAACAGUCGGCAAAGUAACCUAUCAGCAAAAUUAUUCGCCUGUUGGAACUGGAUCUGUACUGGUACUCCAACUCAAAAUUUGACUGAAGUAGCCAUAUUACGAACACGUCAAGAAGGUAUUGCUGAUGAUUUAGCAAGAUUGGGAAUUUUAUUAGGUGAUAUAUUGAAAUUAAAGCCGUAUGCAUCCAGCAAGAAAUUAUGGCCUCAAUUUGUUGUCAAACCAUUUAUCUUGGGGAAACCAUGGGCAACCAACAAUGUCAACAACAUCAUGUGCAGAACAAUGAUUCGGAACCAACGAAGUACAAUCGAACACGAAGUGAUACUACCUCCAUUACAUUGCAAGACGGUAGAAUUGGAAUUUGACUACUAUCAAUGGCUGGCUCACAAUUGUCAAAUCUCCAUGAUUAAUUUGAAUGCUAUUUUAUCGAAACGAGAAGGCCCAGAUUAUUUAUUUAGCAAGAACAAUCAAAAGGCUCUUCGUGAAACUGUAUCUAAUUUAAGACAAAGUUGUACAUGGCAUUCUAUUGAUAUACAAUCUUUACGAUCUUCUUACGCAAAUUGUAUGGAAAAAUUGAAACAGGUAGAUGAAGGUACUGAACAUUAUGGAGCUGAUGAACCUGGAUUACGACAAUUGAAACAACUAUUUGAAUUGGCACUUGGCGAUCCAGUCUUUAUGGAUAUGAUGACAAAACAUGAAAUUUCAUUCGUUGUGCAAGGUCUUCCAAACUUGAUGAAGGAAACUUGGGGGUGGCAUAAAGGAGCCCGUGGUGCUUAUAUGCCUGUCAGUGCGAAUAUAUGGGAUGAUCAUUGUAUCGUCAGUGGAGAUAUUAUUGUGGACCUGAUGCAUGAUGUGACCAAUCUCAAGAAUGCAAACAAAAAUAUCUAUGUGUAUAACAGCAAUACGAAAAUUUUGGAAAGCACGGAAGUUAAUAUAGAACAAGACGACUCGACAGCAUUGACAUUCUAUACUCGAAGUGUAUUUACCGAUGUUCGCGUCCUUUGUAGCACCAGUAGCAAAAUCAAUUACUUAGUGGAUCAGAUUCUCUCUCAUCAUACAAAAGAAAAGUGUUUGAUCUUCUCCCAAUAUUAUAACGAAAUGCAAGAAAUAUAUUUAGCGUUACAACUAGUAAAAGUCCGUGUUCUGAUGUAUCUCGAUACAUCUAUGGUAAGGGAAAAAAAAAAAAGAACAGAAAGAAAAUUUAUCUAA